GACAACGGUCAAUAAUGAAGGUGGCUGCGGCGCGGCAGCGGACUCAGCUGCGCCGGGCGGGGGCGGCGCCGGGACCGCGCCUGUAGGACCUCGGGGCCGGCGCGGCGAGAUGGGGCCCCGGCGCGGGGAGUGAGGCGGGAGCGACGGCGAGCGGAACUUCAGCCGGAGGGGCUCUCCUGCUUCCCCCUCUGGCUCUUCGGCCUCCACCUGCAGCCCCUCGGCCCCCGCGUCCCGCGGGACCGGGACGGCGACGGCGGGGGCAUGUGGCGCUGGGUCCGGCAGCAGCUGGGUUUUGACCCACCACAUCAAAGUGACACAAGAACUAUUUACAUAGCCAACAGGUUUCCUCAGUAUGGCCUUUACACACCUCAGAAAUUUAUAGAUAACCGGAUCAUUUCAUCUAAGUAUACUGUGUGGAAUUUUGUUCCAAAAAAUUUAUUUGAACAAUUCAGAAGAGUGGCAAACUUUUAUUUUCUUAUUAUAUUUUUGGUUCAGCUUAUGAUUGAUACACCUACCAGUCCAAUUACCAGUGGACUUCCGUUAUUCUUUGUGAUAACAGUAACUGCCAUAAAGCAGGGAUAUGAAGAUUGGUUAAGACAUAACUCAGAUAAUGAAGUUAAUGGAGCUCCUGUUUAUGUUGUUCGAAGUGGUGGCCUUGUAAAAACUAGAUCAAAAAACAUUCGGGUGGGUGAUAUUGUUCGAGUAGCCAAAGAUGAAAUUUUCCCUGCAGAUUUGGUGCUUCUGUCCUCAGAUCGACUUGAUGGUUCUUGUCACGUUACAACUGCUAGCUUGGAUGGAGAAACUAACCUGAAGACCCAUGUGGCAGUUCCAGAAACAGCAGUAUUACAAACAGUUGCCAAUUUGGACACUCUUAUAGCUGUGAUAGAAUGUCAGCAACCAGAAGCAGACUUGUACAGAUUCAUGGGACGAAUGAUAAUAACUCAACAAAUGGAAGAAAUUGUAAGACCUCUGGGGCCAGAGAGUCUCUUGCUUCGUGGAGCCAGAUUAAAAAACACAAAAGAAAUUUUUGGUGUUGCUGUGUAUACUGGAAUGGAAACUAAGAUGGCAUUAAAUUACAAGAGCAAAUCACAGAAACGAUCUGCAGUAGAAAAGUCAAUGAAUACAUUUUUGAUAAUUUAUCUAAUAAUCCUUAUUUCUGAAGCCAUCAUCAGUACUAUCUUGAAAUAUACAUGGCAAGCUGAAGAAAAAUGGGAUGAACCUUGGUAUAACCAAAAAACAGAACAUCAAAGAAAUAGUAGUAAGAUUCUGAAAUUUAUUUCAGACUUCCUUGCUUUUUUGGUACUCUACAAUUUCAUCAUUCCAAUUUCAUUAUAUGUGACAGUCGAAAUGCAGAAAUUUCUUGGAUCAUUUUUUAUUGGCUGGGAUCUUGAUCUCUAUCAUGAAGAAUCAGAUCAGAAAGCUCAAGUCAAUACUUCUGAUCUGAAUGAAGAACUUGGACAGGUGGAGUAUGUGUUUACAGAUAAAACUGGUACACUGACCGAAAACGAGAUGCAGUUUCGGGAAUGUUCAAUUAAUGGUAUAAAAUACCAAGAAAUCAAUGGUAGACUUGUAUCUGAAGGACCAACACCAGACUCUUCAGAAGGAAACUUAUCUUAUCUUAGUAGUUUAUCCCAUCUUAACAACUUAUCCCAUCUUGCAACCAGUUCCUCUUUUAGAACCAGUCCUGAAAAUGAAACUGAACUAAUUAAAGAACAUGAUCUCUUCUUUAAAGCAGUCAGUCUCUGUCACACUGUGCAGAUUAGCAGUGUUCAGACUGAUGGCAUUGGUGAUGGUCCCUGGCAAACCAACCUUGCACCCUCCCAGUUGGAGUACUAUGCAUCUUCACCAGAUGAAAAGGCUCUCGUGGAAGCUGCUGCAAGAUUCGGCAUUGUAUUUAUUGGCAAUUCUGGAGAAACUAUGGAAGUUAAAACACUUGGAAAACUGGAACGGUACAAACUGCUUCAUAUUCUGGAAUUUGAUUCAGAUCGUAGAAGAAUGAGUGUAAUUGUUCAGGCACCUUCAGGUGAGAAACUUUUAUUUGUUAAAGGAGCCGAAUCAUCAGUUCUUCCGGAAUGUAUAGGUGGAGAAAUAGAAAAAACCAGAAUUCAUGUAGAUGAAUUUGCUUUGAAAGGGCUAAGAACUCUGUGUAUGGCCUAUAGAGAGUUUACACCUAAAGAGUAUGAGGAAAUAGAAAGACGUUUAUUUGAAGCCAGGACUGCCUUGCAGCAACGGGAAGAGAAACUGGCAGAUGUCUUCCAGUUCAUAGAGAAAGACCUGAUAUUACUGGGAGCUACAGCAGUAGAAGACAAACUACAAGAUAAAGUUCGAGAAACUAUUGAAGCAUUGAGAAUGGCUGGUAUCAAAGUAUGGGUACUUACUGGAGAUAAACAUGAAACAGCUGUUAGUGUGAGUUUGUCAUGUGGACAUUUUCACAGAACCAUGAACAUCCUUGAACUUACAAACCAGACGUCAGACAGUGAAUGUGCUGAAAAGUUGAGGCAGCUUGCCAGAAGAAUUACAGAGGACCAUGUGAUUCAGCAUGGUCUGGUGGUGGAUGGGACCAGUCUGUCUCUUGCACUCAGGGAGCAUGAAAAACUAUUUAUGGAAGUUUGUAAAAAUUGUUCAGCUGUAAUGUGCUGUCGUAUGGCACCACUGCAGAAAGCAAAGGUAAUAAGACUGAUAAAAAUCUCACCUGAGAAGCCUAUAACAUUGGCUGUUGGCGAUGGUGCUAAUGAUGUAAGCAUGAUACAAGAAGCACAUGUUGGCAUAGGAAUCAUGGGUAAAGAAGGAAGACAAGCUGCAAGGAACAGUGACUAUGCAAUAGCUAGAUUUAAAUUUCUCUCCAAAUUGCUUCUUGUUCAUGGUCAUUUUUAUUAUAUUAGAAUAGCUACCCUUGUACAGUAUUUUUUUUAUAAGAAUGUGUGCUUUAUCACACCCCAGUUUUUAUAUCAGUUCUACUGUAUGUUUUCUCAACAAACAUUGUAUGACAGCGUGUACCUGACUUUAUACAAUAUUUGUUUUACAUCCCUGCCUAUUCUGAUAUAUAGUCUGUUGGAACAGCAUAUAGACCCUCAUGUGUUGCAGAACAAGCCCACUCUCUAUCGAGACAUUAGUAAAAACCGUCAACUAAGCAUGAAAACGUUUCUUUAUUGGACCAUCUUGGGUUUCAGUCAUGCCUUUAUUUUCUUUUUUGGAUCCUAUUUUCUAAUAGGGAAAGAUACAUCUCUGCUUGGAAAUGGCCAGAUGUUUGGAAAUUGGACAUUUGGUACCUUGGUCUUCACAGUCAUGCUUAUUACAGUCACAGUAAAGAUGGCUUUGGAAACUCAUUUUUGGACCUGGAUCAAUCAUCUUGUUACCUGGGGAUCUAUUUUAUUCUAUUUUGUAUUUUCUUUGUUUUAUGGAGGGAUUCUCUGGCCAUUUUUGAGCUCCCAGAAUAUGUACUUUGUAUUUAUUCAGCUCCUGUCAAGUGGUUCUGCUUGGUUUGCCAUAAUUCUCAUGGUUGUUACAUGCCUAUUUCUUGAUAUUGUGAAGAAAGUGUUUGACCGACAGUUUCAUCCUACAAAUAUUGAAAAGGCACAGAUGUACUCCAACACAGUCGCUUUCAGUGACGAGUUCAUCGCACUGCAGCCAUUGUCGAGGGCAAGGAAUCAGCUGAGCAAACUUAGCUUACUGAAACAAAUUCAAGUAUCAAGUGCUUGGACUCCAUGUGCUGUUUCUCAGAAGGAGAAACAGCGUGCGCAUCUGUUGGAAGAAUGCUGGAACGAGUAAUAGGAAGAUGUAGUCCGUCCCGUGUCAGCAGGUGAAUGAUAUCAAAGUCUCAAAGUCAGAGCAGCAGUGCACUCGUGUGCAUGAAGGGUUACGGAUGGGCAAGGAUGGAUGGUGAUUUCCAUUGUCCACAGUGUGCCACAUGAAUACUAUCACUUUCUACAUGUGCCACGCCUGGGAAGAGGUUGGGAAGACCCCAGGAGCAGGGAAUAAAGGGCAGAGGAGGCACUACUCUUAUCUGUUGAUAAAAGAAUUUUUAAUAUUUGGUUGGCUUUAUGUUUUAAAAAUGAUGAGUAUGACAUCAUUCUUGUAUCGUAGAAUUCAGGUAACUUUUACUGGUGAACUUGUUAGUUCCCACUUUGCCUUUAGUUGUGGCCAUUUCUUUAUGGUACAGUUGCAUUUAUAAAUAGCAUUCUUAUGUUAAUAACAUAAUGUCUGUGGUUUCAGUCCCCAUUUGUUAAUUUAAUGUGAUCAAAAAUAUUUCCAUAAUGCUGUGAUAUUAUUUUGUAGGCAUUUUAUUCCACAUGUAAGAAUUACUAUGAGCACCUAAAUUUAUUGGGACUUGUAUGUUAUGACUUACACAAUUGUAUUAUGAAAUGCAUUAUAAGAAAGUAGUUCUGUCAUGUACCCAGUCCAACAAGUGUCCCAAAGGAAGUUCCAGAAAGACCUAAUGUAUAAUAUAAGACAGCUUUACUGCACAGAACUAAGGUGGGAAUUAGACUAAGAGACUACUGUAGAACUUGUAUAGAAUUUUUAGAACAUGUUUUUCAACACGAAAUUCUCUUUAAUGACAAUAUACAUUUUCACUAACUACUAAAAAAAAGACUAGAAUUUAUUUUAAAUGAUCCCAGAAUAUUUUUCUGCUUUAUAUAUAUUCCCAUUUUCUGGAUAUCAACUAUUUAGGUGAUGCACCCCAUUAUUCUUUACAUAACCAUUUUUAUGCUGCAUUAUCCCUUUUGAACCUGCCCAAGGAAUUAUGGGAUUUAUUUCUGCAUGUUCUGUUGAAGGUGUCUCUUCUCAUCUGUACUUCUUUCCCCUUAAAAUUGUAUCUCACUUUUUUCUUUUUUAAGAGUUUUUUUUUCCUAAUAAAAUGUUUAACAGUAAUGAAUAUCUUAUUUGACAGACUAUAAAUACCUUUCCAAUUAUGUCCAGCAUCUCAGGUUAUGCUAUCGAUUACUACUGUCAUUAUCUCCCUGUUUUCUUCAAAUGAAUAAUCUAAAAAGUCUUUUGAGAUUUGUUCUAUUUUUUUUUUAGUGGAUAAAAUUAUACAAUAUUCAAAACCACUUGGUGCUUUUCUAGGGGCUAUAUGAAUAUUGCCAUGGAUCCAUUAACAUUAUAUUUAAACUUUGAAAAGUCAUUUGUUUUUGUUUUUUACCUGUAAUUGUUUUAGUGAAAUAUAUUUGGCAUUCUGUUUUGCUUUUGGAAUAGCAUCUAUUCUACAUUUCUCUCUCAUGUCUAAUUUAAAAGGUAGGGCAAGACUGAUACCUCUAUUUACAAGAUGUAGACUCCUUUGGAUAUUUGUUCCAUUAACAUUAAUUAAACGUAAGAGGUAAUGGUCAUCACUUGAGAAAUACAGUUAGUGCUUUCAUAUGACAGAUUUCUUUACUAAUAAAGUUUUACCAUCCAGGCACAAAAAUUCUACUUAUAUUUUACUAAUUGAUGUUGUCAAAGGAAUAUGCCAUAUUGCAAGCUCUGUUUCAAAGAUAGCAUCAUGGUGCUAUAUAAAGGAUAUGCCAUGUUGUACUCUAAAGGGCUGUACUUCAGCAAUAAAUGCUUUUCUGUAUGUAAUUUACCAACAGUUACUUUAUCCUAAUCAAAACUGUCUUUUAAGUAGAAAGGAGUUAAUAGUUAAUAUGUAGUUCAGGUGUUUAAUGUUCUGUCAAAUAUGAUAUUUAACAAUAUGAAUGCACAUAUGUGCUUUGAAAAGAUCAAAAAUGAAGGAAACCUUACCUAAUAAGAUUCUUCUGUGUAAGCAAUGGUUGGAAAAGAGGAAAAACUAAAAUAUUGGCAGUUUGGGAGUAUUGUUUAUAGUUAUGUUUUGUCAUGUGUGUCUGAGCAUACUUUUUCUUGCAUAAAUACUUACUCUAAGAAAUGUUCAUAGUCUUAUUCCAUUCAUUUAUUUUACCAAUACUGAGUACCUACUAUGGCACAGUUCUAGGUGCUAGAGAGACCGUAGUGAACAAGCCCUUCUUAAACAAAGGUAGAUACUGUUUAAGUUUUCUGGAAACUAGUAAAAUUAGAGAACCUGUAAACCACUGGUAUGGUUGUUGCUUGUUUGUCUUCCUCUUUGCCAACUUUGUAAAGUUUCUAGGUUCCAAUCUUCCUUGUGACUGUGCUCACUUAAUCGGUUUAAAAUUGAACUGCAUACAAACUUUAGUCUCUAGGAAACAGCAGAUUUUUUAUAAAAGU